GGAGAACAAUACAACUGGAAUUCCAAAAUUCAAGGAACCAUUCUUGGAGCAUUUUUCUAUGGAUAUAUUGUAACUCAAAUACCUGGGGGUGUCAUGGCAGAAAAACUUGGAGCGAAAUGGUUAUUCGGUUUCGGUAUAUUAAUAACAUCUGUGUUCUCUUUACUGACUCCUUUAGCGGCUGGUUGGAGUACCUCUGCUUUGAUUGCUGCCCGGAUUAUCGAAGGACUCGGCGAAGGAGCAACGUUUCCAGCCAUCAACCUUUUGAUCAGCAAAUGGUCUCCGAAACUUCAAAGAAGCCGAAUCUCAACAGUCAUUUUUUCAGGGAAUCAAAUAGGAAACGUCAUAGCCAUGCCUGUCUCUGGAUUGCUGUGCAGCACAGAUUUACUUGGAGGAUGGCCCUCUGUCUUUUACUUUUUUGGAGCUUUAGGAUGUUUCUGGUUUCUGCUGUGGAGCAUUUUUAUGUAUGAAUCACCAAAUCGUCAUCCCACAAUAUCCGAAGAAGAAAAGCUUUUCAUUGAACUGAACAAAGACAAACACAUGAAAUCUGAAAUACCUUGGAAAAGUAUUCUCACGUCCAUACCUGUAUGGGCAUUGGUAGUUGCUCACAUCGGUUACAGUUUUGGUUUUACAAUUUUGUUCACCGAGCUGCCAACCUAUCUCAGUAACAUCCUUCAUUUUGAUAUAAAAUCUAACGGGUACUUAUCGGCAUUACCGUACAUAGCACAAGCUCUAAAUGCAUGGUUAGCAUCUAUUGUUGCAGAUAAACUUCGAGCAUCCGGGCGUCUUUCCAUUACAGCUAUACGAAAAUUGCUAAAUUGUAUAGGAUUAUUCGGACCAGCUGUAUGCCUGAUUAUAAUAACAGUAUCUGGGUGUAGACCAGAGCUUAUUCUUGGUCUGCUGUGCAUAGGCAUGGCUUGCAAUGGCUGUAUUUAUUCUGGUUAUCAUGUCACCCACAUAGAUAUGUGCCCAGAUUUCGCAGGUACUUUAUAUGCAAUCACAAAUUGUGUGGCCAAUCUUUUUGCGCUUUUUGGUCCUAUCAUCGCUGGUUAUUUCACCGCUAAUGGACAAACAAUAGACAACUGGAGUAAAGUUUUCUAUACUGCAACAGCGUCUUAUAUAUUCUGCGGUGGGAUAUUCGCCAUAUUCGGAUCUGCGGAGCUACAACCCUGGGCCAAAGUAAAGAGUGUGGAAAAAACAGAAUCCCAAUAUGAAAAAUCUAUUAAUGAAGACACACGAACAAAUGAAUAUAGUUGAAUAUAUUUUAAAAACAUUAAGAAACUCACUUCCAGUAAUCAAAGCAACUGGUACAGAACCAGUAAUGUAGUAGAGAUUUAGUGGUAGACACACUUUGGAAACUUCAUGAUUAAGGGACAGAAGUAAGAGGACAAUAAAAAUUUAUAAGCUGAAAAAUGAAACCACAAUUUUAUCAAUCAGUAGAAAAUAAAAUUUCAUCAUUUGUGUGGAAUCUAGUGACAUCGAUUGUUUCGUGUGCAUUGUGAAGAGUGCAGUGUGGUGAUUCCAGCCAAAUUGAAGUCGAAUUGCGUGGAAUGCCGACCACUUGAAUAACAACGAGCAACGUAAGGAAAGAAAACGGUUUUCAGAUUAUUCAAGACACUGUACGAGUUCUCUACAGGCAGUAUGAUGUUUCUCUGUGUAUAGUGUAAAUUGUAGUGGAAAUUGUAAAUAUUUAUAAAAAUACCUUUCUGGACGCAUAUUAAUGUAAACUUUGUAAAUAUGUUAUCGUGAAUAACCGAAAUCGACAUUCACCGGUGAAUGUUGACAAUCGCAUAGUCACUUUGGUGAAUGUCCGAAAUAUUUGUUAUAUCCGAUUGGAUAUAAUUCAUUCGUUGAUAUUAUUAUAUUUAUCCGAUAUUUUAAUAGGAGAAACGUCAGUGUUCGAAGUACCGGUUAAAUGUAUACCGGGCAGUAGACCUAGUAUAUAUUUUUAGGACAUUUACCUAAGAGACUAUGUGAUUGCCAACAUUCACUAGUGGGAGUAAACAACCACCAAUUUCGGUUAUUCACAGUAACAUAUACCUGUCCUUCAAUAAAGAGUGGCUUAUCACUAUUUCCCCCCAAGUUUUUCACUUCAUUGGAAUAAAAUGUAUAUCAUAUGAUCAUUUUGUAAGUAAACUAAUGUAAUCAUUUA